AAUAUGCACAAUAUAAUGCCUUAUAGUUACCACAAGUUCAACACUUCAAGCCCUAAUCUUCUCACCCCACAAGAGUUUGUGAAACAAAUGGAGAAUAAAACCAUAUCCACCAAGAGUGUUCAUUGUUUGGUGUUGCCAUUUCCAGCACAUGGUCACACUAAUCCAAUGUUAGAAUUCUCCAAGCUUUUACAACAACAAGAAGGAGUCAAAGUAACACUUGUCACCACCAUUUCCAACUACAAAAACAUACCUAAAUUGCCAAAUAAUUCCAUUACGAUUGAGACCAUUUCUGAUGGUUUUGACAAAGGUGGAGUUGCUGAAGCAAAGGAUUUUAAAUUGUAUUUGAAUAAAUUUUGGCAAGUUGGUCCACAAUCUCUUGCUCAUCUUAUUAACAACCUUAAUGCUAGAAACGACCAUGUUGAUUGUCUUAUUUAUGAUUCAUUCAUGCCUUGGUGCUUAGAUGUUGCAAAGGAAUUUGGAAUUGUUGGUGCUUCUUUUCUAACACAAAAUCUUGUUAUGAAUAGUAUAUACUAUCAUGUUCAUUUGGGAAAGUUGAAACCUCCCUUUGUUGAACAAGAGAUUACUCUUCCUGCACUUCCUCAAUUACAACCUAGGGACAUGCCUUCUUUCUACUUUACCUAUGAACAAGAUCCAACUUUUCUUGAUAUAGGAGUGGCCCAAUUCUCUAAUAUUCACAAAGCUGAUUGGAUCCUUUGCAAUUCCUUCUUUGAGCUAGAGAAAGAGGUGGCUGAUUGGACAAUGAAGAUUUGGUCCAACUUUAGGACCGUAGGGCCUUGCCUACCGUAUACAUUUUUAGAUAAGCGAGUUAAAGAUGAUGAAGAUCAUAGUAUUGCACAAUUAAAAAGCGACGAAAGUAUAGAAUGGCUAAAUAAUAAGCCAAAAAGGUCUGCUGUUUAUGUUUCAUUUGGGAGUAUGGCAUCACUCAAUGAGGAACAAAUAGAGGAAGUAGCACAUUGUUUGAAAGAUUGUGGAAGUUACUUCUUAUGGGUAGUGAAAACAUCUGAAGAGACUAAGCUCCCAAAAGACUUUGAAAAGAAAUCAGAGAAUGGCUUAGUUGUGGCAUGGUGCCCCCAGUUAGAGGUUCUAGCUCAUGAAGCAAUAGGGUGUUUUGUAACACAUUGUGGUUGGAAUUCCACAUUGGAAGCUUUGAGUAUAGGAGUCCCAAUUGUAGCAAUACCACUUUACUCAGACCAAGGCAUUGAUGCAAAGUUUCUUGUAGAUAUUUGGAAAGUGGGAAUUAGACCUUUAGUUGAUGAGAAACAAAUAGUGAGAAAAGAUCCAUUGAAGGAUUGUAUAUGUGAAAUAAUGAGUAUGAGUGAAAAAGGCAAAGAGAUUAUGAAUAAUGUCAUGCAAUGGAAGACUUUGGCUACAAGAGCGGUUGGUAAAGAUGGAAGUUCUCAUAAAAACAUGAUAGAAUUUGUGAAUAGCUUGUUCCAAGUUUAAACAUUGAUCAGCUGAAUUUUUUCUUAUUUAUACUAGUAUAAUUUUUUACAUAAAGUUGUUUACUUUAAAUUAAAUAACAUUAUUUUUUUGGUAUAUAUUUUGCAACAUCAUAGAUAUGGUUGUGGACAUUUGAUAUAUAAGGUGCUGGUUCAAACCUGAA